AUGAACUCUCUCUCCAGUUGGUCAAACACCACAGCUAUUCACCACUGUAACUGGACUGGAGUCACUUGCACAACUACAUUCUCUGUUUCUUCUCUCAACCUACAAACCCUAAACCUCUCUGGCCAAAUUUCACCUUCUAUUUGUCAGCUUCCCAAUCUCACUCAUCUCAACCUGGCAGACAACCUCUUUAACCAACCCAUCCCUCUUCAUCUCUCAGAGUGUGGUUCCUUAGAGACUCUGAAUCUAAGUAACAAUCUCAUUUGGGGCACAAUCCCAGAUCAGAUUUCUCAGUUUGGGUCACUGAGAGAGCUUGAUUUCAGCUGGAACCAUGUUGAAGGAAAGAUCCCAGAAAGCAUUGGCUCUUUGAAGAACCUUCAAGUUCUCAACUUGGCCAACAACUUGCUCUCAGGUAGUGUUCCUUUGGUUCUCGGUAAUUUCACUGAACUUGUUAUUCUUGAUUUGUCUCAGAAUCCAUUAUUGGUGAGUGAGAUUCCUAGUGAUAUUGGUAAGCUUCAUAAGCUUGAAGACCUUUUGUUACAAAGCUCUGGUUUUUAUGGAGAAAUACCUGAUUUUUUUGAGGGUUUAAAGAGCUUGUACACUUUAGACCUUUCUCAGAACAAUCUCACUGGUUGGGUACCUCAGAUUGGGUUGUCUCUCCCAAACUUAGUGUCUUUUGAUGUUUCAGAGAACAAGCUUUCUGGGUCAUUCCCAAUUGGUGUAUGUGGAGCUAAGGCCCUUAUAAAUCUUAGCCUCCAUACAAAUUCCUUUAAUGGGUCAAUAACCAUUAACUCCAAUGAGUGCAUGAAUCUUGAGAGGUUUCAAGUUCAGAACAAUAUGUUUUCUGGGGAUUUCCCUGAUGGGUUAUGGACAUUACCUAAAAUUAAGCUCAUCAGAGCAGAAAACAAUAGAUUUUCUGGAGAAAUACCUGAUUCUAUUUCAAUGGCAGCUCAAUUGGAACAAGUUCAGAUUGAUAACAACAGUUUCAUUAGUAAAAUUCCUCGGAGUCUUGGAUUACUUACAAGCUUAUAUAGAUUUUCUGCAUCUAUCAAUGGUUUAUAUGGUGAGCUUCCUCCAAAUUUUUGUGAUUCGCCCGUCAUGAGUAUCAUAAACCUCUCCCACAAUCACUUUUCUGGUGGAAUUCCAGAGCUGAGAAAAUGUAGGAAACUAGUCUCAUUGUCUCUAGCAGACAACAAUUUUGUGGGUGAAAUACCACAAUCUCUUGCUGUAUUGCCAGUGCUAACUUAUCUCGAUCUUUCCCAAAAUAAUCUCACUGGUGCAAUCCCACCAGACCUUCAAAACUUGAAGCUGGCUCUCUUCAAUGUGUCCUUCAAUCGGCUCUCUGGUAAGGUUCCAUUCACAUUAAUCUCGGGCCUUCCUGCUUCGUUUUUGCAAGGAAAUCCGGACUUAUGUGGCCCGGGAUUACCCCAUUCUUGUUCAGAUGACCAGCAAAGUCACCAGAUGGCUGGUCUGUCAAAAAUGGCACGUGUCCUGAUCUCUAUAGCUCUAGCAGUUGCAAUUGUAAUUGUUGCUGUUGGGUUCUAUGUGAUACGUCAAUCUUCGAAGCGCAAAUCACGGAUGGGUAUUUGGAGAUCAGUAUUCUUUUAUCCACUUAGAGUUACUGAGCAUGAUUUGAUCAUGGUAAUGGAUGAAAAAACUGCUAUAGGAAGUGGUGGAGCUUUUGGAAGAUUCUACAUUGUAAACUUGCCAAGUGGUGAACUUGUUGCUGUCAAGAAGAUACUAAACUUUGGAAGUCAGACUUCAAAAUCUUUGAAGGCUGAGGUUAAGAUAUUAGCCAAGAUCAGGCAUAAGAACAUCGUUAAAAUUCUUGGAUUCUGCCAUUGUAACGAUUCAAUCUUUCUGAUUUAUGAAUGUUUACAAAAAGGCAGCCUUGGGGAUUUGAUUGCCAGACCUGAUUUUCAGUUGCCAUGGAGUGUAAGGUUGAAGAUUGCCAUUGGGGUUGCUCAAGGACUUGCAUAUCUUCACAAGGACUAUGUUCCACAUUUACUUCAUAGAAAUGUUAAGUCUAAGAAUAUUCUUUUGGAUGCGGAUUUUGAACCAAAGCUCACAGAUUUUGCUCUGGAUCGCAUUGUUGGAGAAACUGCAUUUCAAUCAUCCUUGGCUUCAGAAUCUGCCUUCUCUUGCUACAUUGCACCAGAAUAUGGGCACUGCAAAAAAGCCACUGAACAAAUGGACACAUACAGCUUCGGGGUUGUCUUGUUAGAGCUUGUGACAGGACGGCAAGCAGAGGAAACUGGAUCAGUCGACUCUCUUGAUGUUGUGAAGUCGGUAAGAAGAAAAAUCAAUAUCACUAACGGGGCAUUGCAAGUUCUCGACUCCAAGAUUUCAAAUUCCUCUCAACAAGAGAUGUUGGAAGCUCUAGAAAUCGCACUGCAUUGCACUUCUGUAAUGCCAGAAAAACGGCCAUCAAUGUCUGAAGUUGUGAGAGCACUUCAGUCCCUCGACUCAAAGUCUUCCCUAUCAGAUUCACAGUUGUUUGCUUCAGAUGAGUGUUCAGUACCUCUCUGAACUUUGAACAAACACUACCCUAUUUCAGUUUUGUAAAUUCAGCUUGAUUUCACAGGUUUUCUUGGAGUCUUUUUCUGUUUUGGGAAUGGUUUUUGGGCCAGUGGAAAGAUAAUUGUUUGGGAAGUUACUUGGAAAUGUUUAUCUUGUUUCCUCGCUGAAUAUGUUCUGGAGUUUGGAUAAAUAUUAUACGAAAUUUUUACAAGUUUACC